AUGUCGAGUUUUAAAACAAUUACGGAACGACCCCAGGCAAGUAGGAUAGAUCGUCCAAAAUCUUGUGCUGAAGAAACUUCAGUCAGUCCCAUGGAUUCUGGGGGGGACAAAAAACCGACAAGCAAAUCAAGUAGAAACACUAAGAUCUUUAAAAUCGUAACCUACAAUGUAAGAACAUUAUCGUCAAGUAGUAAACUUCUAGAAAUGGAAGAGGAGAUUAAGGACAUAAGCUGGGAUAUAAUCGGUUUAUGUGAAACAAGAAGAAAAGAAGAACAACUUCUUAAAUUGAAGUCCGGACAUCUCUUUUAUCAAAAUGAAAAUCCCAACAGCCCUGACGGUGAUAUAGGAUUCUUAAUAAACAAACGACUUGAAAAAUCAAUAGUCACUCUAAAGACUAUAUCAGACAGAGUGGCAUAUAUAACACUUUCCAUAAGUAAAAGGUAUGAAAUUAAAAUUAUUCAAGUAUACGCUCCUACGACAGCCCACACAGAUGAGGAAGUUGACAUCUUCUAUGGUGACAUAGAAAUAGCACUUAAAGAGAAUCGAUGCUACUAUACUAUAUUAUGGGGGACUUUAACGCCAAAAUUGGAAAACAAACAGAUAUGUCGGAGGUGGCAAUUGGAAGCUUUGGAAUAG